CCUGUCUUCAAUCGUCACAUUUUAGCUCAAGAGUUGUCCAAAUGGGUGACGCAUCCCCUCGUGACUUAUGCGUGCCGUCCUUGCCGUUUAAGCAUCCCUCCGGAAAUUUCCCCACUAUUCCGAUGUACACCUAACGUCAGUCUGCAAGACCAAAGGCAAAACUGCUGAAAUCUCAGAGACCGCGGUCUGCCACUAUCAAAAUUAACGUAUCCCGCCCUUUCCCCCAAGCAGCAACAUACCACUAGCAGAAAAGUUCAGGGAGAUGAACAUCUAGAACAAUGACAUCUCACUAUAGUUCCACAAAGGAAGGCGGCAGAAACACAUAUCCCCUCCCAGACAGCCUCAAUUACGAUGACGUCCUCGAGAUUCUGCACAAUCAUUCUGUGCUGUCACAAAUAUUCUGGCCACAUUCAUCCGCCAGAGUCCGUAUACAGCCAGGUUCUGUGUCAAGUAUGUCGAACUUCCUUAUUGAGAAAGAUCGGUCGGAGUUCAAAGCGUCCUUGUGUAGCCAGCCAGACGGGGUAACGUGCACCGAAGAACUACCGCUAGGGCUCAAGGUAACAACAAAGUAUGUGAUAGCUGGGUGCGAUCAAAUUGCAAGAGAGCAGAGCGUGCAUGAUGAAAAGGGCGGGGCUGUGUCGACUUCAGAUUUGCUCAGGUUGCCCAUCACUCCGCUGGAUCAUCAACUCUAUCUGGUUGAGCAGAGAUUCGCAACUGCUUUCAAGCUGCUUACUCCGUGGAUCCAAAUGAAGCAAGGCACUCUUCCUAAGACGGAGAAUCUAAUGGAGGUGCUGAAAAAGUUGGGUGAAUCUCAGAAAGAUCUCAUUUCUGCAUUAUCGGACUUGAACGGCAUUGCAACAUAUGUGGCUCCACAUACCUCGUAUGAGAAGGCUAAUGAUGGAUAGAAAACUUGGAUGUCCAACAGGAGAUGGUUGUUAGGCAGCAAAGCUGGGCUCGAAUUCU